CUUGCAGACGGUAUAGUUUUGGCACGGGGGGAGAUUGAAAAACCCGUCCUCAGAGGUCUGAAAAUAUGGUGUACCACAGUUACGAAUGGGUGACCGAAUGAUUUCUGUCCUCUAAACAGAUUCCGGUUUUUUGGGGGGCGUUUCAGGGAAAUUCAGUAUGUUGUGUGUUCUGACGAGGACGAUGGUGAAGGCCGGGAUGAUGAAGUCCCCCGGCCUGGUGAAGCCGGUGUCGGUCACCAAGGUGGCUGGACGCUACCUGGCACAUCAGGAAGGCUUGCCCAAACUGCCCUUGCCCGCGCUCCAGCAGACGUGUGAACGUUAUCUGACCGCUCUGGAGCCGAUCGUGGAGGAAGAGGAGCUGAAGCAUACCCGGGAACUGGUGACCAAGUUCCAGAUGCCUGGCGGAGUCGGAGAGAGGUUGCAGAUGGGUCUGGUACAUCGAGCUCAGAAGAUGGAGAACUGGCUGUCAGACUGGUGGUUACAAACAGCCUAUCUGGACUACAGAAUGCCUGUGGUCAUACACUCCAGUCCUGGGGUAGUUCUUCCACGUGUGGAGUUUAACGACAGACAAGGCCAAAUGAGAUAUGCUGCCAAACUGAUCGCUGGAGUUUUAGACUUUAAGACAAUGAUUGACAAUGAAACUUUACCUGUGGAACACCUGGGAGGGAAGCCACUGUGUAUGAACCAAUACUAUCAGGUGCUGUCAUCCUGUCGUAUCCCAGGAAUCAAGAGGGACUCUGUGGUCAAUUACGCCCAGAGCAAGAGACCGCCCACACACAUCACUGUGGUGCACAACUUCCAGUUCUUCGUGCUGGACGUGUAUAACAGUGAUGGGACUCCACUGACCGUGGAUCAGAUUUACAAUCAGCUGGAGAAGAUCUGGAACUCCUCCCUACAGACCAACAAGGAGCCAAUCGGCAUCCUCACUUCCAACCACCGCAACAGCUGGGGCAAAGCCUACAACAACCUCAUUAAAGAUAAGACUAAUAAGGAGUCUGUCCGGGCCAUUCAAAAGAGCAUCUUCACCAUUUGUCUGGACGCCCCGAUGCCCCGCGUCUCCGAUGAGAUGUACCGCAGUCGUGCAGCCGUCCAGAUGCUGCAUGGGGGUGGCAGCCGAUGGAACAGUGGGAACCGUUGGUUUGACAAAACUCUUCAGUUUAUUAUUGGAGAAGAUGGAUCAUGUGGAGCUAUUUAUGAACACGCCCCUGCCGAGGGCCCGCCCAUCAUCGCUUUAAUUGACCACGUAGUGGAAUACACGAGAAAGUCAGAGAUGGUCCGCACACCAAUGGUCCCACUUCCUAUGCCUCGGAAACUCCGCUUCAACAUCACGCCGGAGAUCAAACAGGACAUCGAGGACGCCAAACAAAAUAUGAACAUAAUGGUCCACGAUUUAGACAUGAGAGUCGCUGUGUUUUCCCAUUUUGGCAAAAACUUCCCAAAGUCCCAGAAGAUGAGCCCUGAUGCCUUCAUUCAGAUAGCUCUCCAGCUGGCCUAUUACAGGAUGUAUAAGCGUUGCUGUGCGACGUAUGAGAGCGCCUCUCUCCGUAUGUUCAGACUGGGCCGGACCGACACCAUCCGCUCUGCCUCCAUCGACUCCGCCCGCUUUGUGAAGGCCAUGGAUGAUCCCAUAGUGCCGAGCACAGAGAAGGUGUCCCUGAUGGAGAAGGCGGUUAGAGCCCACAGAGGCUACACUGACAUGGCCAUCCGUGGACAGGCCAUCGACAGGCACCUGUUAGGGCUGAAGCUACAGGCCAUUGAGGAUCUGUCCGCGUUGCCCGAGAUUUUUAUGGACACAUCAUAUGCUGUCGCACUGCACUACAACCUCUCCACCAGCCAGGUGCCAUCAAAGACCGAUUGUGUGAUGUGUUUUGGGCCCGUGGUUCCGGACGGUUAUGGUGUCUGCUAUAACCCGAUGGAGAGUCACAUCAACUUUGCCGUGUCUGCAUUCAACAGCUGCGCAGACACCAACGCAGCCAGAAUGGCCCACUCUCUGGAGGAUGCGCUGCUGGACAUGAGAGGCCUGCUGGAGCAGACGCCCAAAGCCAAACUGUGACGCACGCCCCUCAGUGGCCACGCCCAUUUCUCCACACGAACACUUCACACUGACAACAGAUCAGGGACUCGUCAGGCAUUUCAGAGAUUUUCACCCACAUCACUGACGUGUCUGAUAUGAAAUUAUUCACAUUUAUUCUGUCGUCUGUUCCUGAGGCCCUGCUUUGUUUGUUUUUUUGUUUUUUUUUAAAUGUUCAGCUGUUUGGAACUGGACUUAAGGUACUACAGGUGUGAUCUGGUUUAGUAACUAACCUCUUUAUCAUCCUUUGGCAUUAAACAUUGCAUUUUAAUACUGAAUUUGAAUGACAAAACAUGGUGAGAAAGUUUCUGUCUAAAAAUAUCAUUACUUUAAUUAUCAAUCAAAUGAAUUGAUAAUAAUGAUUUAUGAAGACACUAGAAGAAUUAAAGGAGUUCUUUAAUGCUC